AAGUAAGAUUCGAUGCAAAAAUCCUGGCAAAAAUGUCCAAACUUUGUUACAAUUGAUAUUCCCCAGCCGUAUACCUGUUGCCUGUAACAAAAUCUAGCCAAUAAGCGUCGCUGAUGUAAACCAAACAGAACAGGUAUGUAGACGCUAUGCGUGAAUUCAUUUGAAUAUUGCUGCAUGAAAUAUAUACAAACGUUCAGUAAUUUUCUGUGCGUAAUAUUUGGUCAAGGAAUUAUUUUGGUACUUUGCUUCGAUUGUGUGGCUUACCAUUUUCUGGUGAUUCUUAAUGGGAUUGUUACAUUUCAUGAUGGAGCCAUGCUAAUAAAAACGGAGUAAAUUAUACCCGUGUCCAUUAAAUAUCGUGUACUGACCAUUGUGGAUUUUCGUCCGAUGAUAAACGAAGACCAUUAUUAAUUAACAUCAUUGAAAUCAUUUAUUUUUUUUAUAUGGAUACGAAUUUUGGUUUUUAAUGUGAAAGAGUUUUGGCGCAAUGUGUAUUUUGGCGCCUGUUACAGGUGGCUUCGAGGAGUAAAAGACGCCGUGAAAGUUUGCCAAGAAUUAACACUUCAGAAACUUGGAAAAAGCUUUAAAAGGCUGGUUGUAGAAUUGUCAAUUUGCUGUGAAUGACUGGUAUAAUUUGCAAGGCAGGGUAAAUAAGCUGGACUAUUUGUUAACAUUUUGUUUACAAGCGCAUGAUAUAAGGAGAUGCGUUGUUUAUGAAGGUGCCAGUCAUAUAUAUAUUGGAUUUUACUCUGAAUUUCUUAUUCAGUGGAAAGGUUUCAAUUUUUCUUCGUGUCAUAAAAGCGAGGCAAUUUGACAGCUUUUGAAGUACAAGAAAUAAUUUGCGUUCAAAAUGUCUGGCAUUCUCUCUUCAGAUAGCCAACUAAUUCACGACGAACUCGAGAAAGCCAAAGAAACCGUUACCCGUUUACGCUGUAUAAACGGAUUCACCCCAGGUUUUUGUCGGAACAGCGCGGUUUGUCCAGGAUGCUGGCGACAUGAGCAAGACGUCACGGUCGGAAAAUAUUCGGAAGUUAACGGAACGUAUUCGGGUCCCCGUGACGACCCUUGGGAAUCGAUUAAUACGCCUUAUUCUCGUGUGGAUUCUGAUGGCUAUGGCAGUAGUAAUAGUUCAGCUAAACCUUCCUUGUACAUGCACUCGCGGGACGAAUCUUACAGCCGCGAGAUGUCCCGCGGGAAAUCGAGUAUGUCCCGCGCGAAAUCCACGAUGUCCCGCGGCGAUCUCGCGCGAGUACACGAACAGAUCAAUUCCUUGGAGAAAAAUAUUCGUGGUCCUGUGCUUUCCUACAUUCAAAACAUCGAGCAACAGAAUCUGGAUUUGGCUGAUGCUGUCGAGUCGAUUCAACAACAUUUACUGAAACACGAACGCGACUGUCCCGCGGGGAAGGUGACGAAUCUUCGUGAUAUGUCGGGAGGAGUUCGUAAACCGUCGGAAGGUUUUCGGAAAUUGUCGGAAGGUGGUCGGAAACUGUCGGAAGGUGGUCGAAAACUGCCGCAAACUGGUCGUAACCAGUUGUUAUUCGGUGAGUCCGAAGAGGACGAGUUAAUGCAGCGAGUAAACGCUAGUUACAAGUCGGAACAGGAGUCUUGGUUUCGUGCGGAUAAUCUCGCAAGAGAGUUGUCCAUUUGUCGGGAGAAGUUGGAAAAUUCCGAAGCGAGAGUGAAAGAAUUGUUCAGAAAUCUUUCGCAAAGGCAAGUGAGCGGAGCGCCGGCUAGCAGCGAGAUGUUGUUAGAAAGUCAGCUACAACGACAACAACAACUCGCUGAAGAUUAUCACAAGGAAUCCACGUCGAAAGAAAGAGAGCUGAGUUUCCUAACCAUUGAGAAAUACAACCUACAAAGCGAAGUCAGUUCGCUUUUGUCAGAUCUCGAGUCGUGCAACAGAAAACGCGAUGAGAUGGUCUUGGAACAGAAGAAAUUGCAAGCCACCUUGGGAGCGAAACGACAACGAAUUAGCGACCUUCAAAACGAGAUGUCGGCGACGAAAUCAGAAAACCGACAAUUGAAAACAAGAUUCCGUGAUGAGCUUGGGAAAGAGCGCUCCGUCAGCGAACAGAAGACGCAAAAGCUGUACGCCAAUGAUCGUGAAAUUAAAGAAUUGGGAAAGAAGGUUAAGAAGUUCGAGCAGAACUAUGCUUCACAUAAGGACGUUACAUAUCGUUUGGAAAAAGACAAAUUAGAACUGUUGUCCAAGGCGAAACAGUUGAAUAAUGAACUCAAAAUAAAAGAAUCCGAUUGUAAAAGCCUACGGCAAGAAAAUGAAAAGUUGACUACAGAGAUUAACAACGUCCAACAGGAGGCAAUUCUGAGUAAAAAAGACACUGAGAAUGCAAACGUUUACGUUAAGAACCUUAAAAGUGAACUCAAAGAAGUCCAAAGUUCGUUGAAGGUCUUGGAGCAGUCUUUGACAGAGAGUAGAGUUCACGAAUCCAAAACCACCACAGAGAUUGAAACGUUUAUUAAGGAGCAGCUCGAACUUAAGUCUCAAAUUGAAAAGUACGAAAGCGAGAAGAUCGUUCUGACGCAAGAAUUGACCGUAUUGCAAACACGUGAAGUCGAAUACGCCAACGAAAUUACACUGAUGAAAGAGAAUUAUGGAACGUCGGAAAAGGGUUUUAAGGAUUUAACCGAGAAUUGCUCUGCUCUUAAAACCGAACUCGAACUAUCACGCGAGAAGUAUCUUCAGCUAAAAAAAGAGAACGAUGAAUUGCUAUUGGCGAAAGCUGAUUUGGAAAAGUCAGGGGGUUCUAUCAGAGACGAAUUAACUGAAGUUACUGCAAAUUAUAAUGAUCUAUUGGAAAAGAACGGUCGAGUUUCUUCAGACUUGAAAGCUUAUAAAAGAAUAGUCGGCGAACGCGAUGAACAGCUUAAGAAAUUGGAACUCGAAUUGACCAAUUUACAUAAAAAGCAAGACAAAGAUCUUAAGGAUUUGUUACGUAAAGAUAAAGAAAUUGCAUUCCUCAAGGCUAGGGUUUCCUCUUUCGAUCGUAAUACGCGAGGAGGCCUGGGGGCGGCUCGGUCUCUCAGCCAAUCAAGCUUGAGUACUCUACAACACGAGUCCGCGCAGCCCAGCAAGGAGACUGAGAUCUACUUGGAAAGAAUCGUGGAACUCGAAAGCGAAUGUAAAGCGCAGAAGGGUCAAAUUGAGAAAUUCCAAAAAGAGGAAUUGUAUUCCAAGAAAGAAGUGCAACGAUCCGAUUCUCUGAAACUUGAACUGGCGCAGCAAGACGAUGAAAUACAGAAAUUGAAACGUGAGAUAUCACGUUCGAAGCAGGUAAGAAUGAUAAUCGAUUAUUCCAGCUGUAGACGAAAUUUUUAUCUAGACAAGAAAAAUGAAAUCCAUUACCAUCGCGCUAGAAAGAGCAUCUGAAAAUGAGUAAAAUUGCAAAGUUUGGUUGCGAAUUGUUGUAAAAUGAGGAAAAUAUAGUCCUGUGAAGUUCGCAAAUUUUGUAUAUAUUUACAUCACGCGCGGUAAAAAUAACCAUUUUUGAGCCGAAUGUGGUUAUUUUUACCGCGCGUAAUACAAAUAUAUACAAAAUUUGCAAACUUCACAGGGCUAUAUUUUCUUCAUUUUACAACAUUUAGCAACCAAUCUCUGCAGUUUUACUCAUUCUAAGACGCUCUUUCUAGCUGUGAUGUUGGAUUUCGUUCUUCUUGCCUUGAUCAAAAUUUAGUCUAACUGGAAUCACCCAUUCUUCCAUUUUGGUGGGCAGUCCACACUAUGACUAGUUUGUGCACAUGUAGAGCAUUUAAUUAAACAAAAUAAUCUCAUUAUUUUCCCCCUCAAUCUGCUUUUGCGCCAAAGUCUCGUGAGAUUGCUUGAAAGCACCUAUUGGUUUGUGUAUGAACUGACACGGCACAUACUCAGGAACUGAAUUCAGUCCGUAUUUAUUUUAGAUCAUCGAGGACUUGGAAGUUAAGGAGGAGCAAUUGGGUACAGUUGAGGUGGAGAGGGAGAAAUUGAGGCAAGAAGUGAGCAAGCUUCAAGCGAAGGUUGAAGAGACCGCGCAGUUGAAACAAGACUGGGAACAAAAAGAUCAAGAGAUCAAAGCCCUGAGAAGAAUGUCAUCUGAUGAAGCUGAUAUGGAGGGCAAGGUGUCCAGAUUCAAGGAUAGGUAAAGAGGUUUUUUGUUGAUAAAAUAUUUUCGUUGUUGUGUACUGUAAGUACUUAGUAGAAAUACCUUGAGUCCCAAAAGGAUUAAACACACACAGUCUUUAUGAUACAAGCUCAUACUAAGUUAUAGUAGUUCGUUAAGUGUACGACUGUUGCUAACGAGUACAGGGUGUUACAAAGGUGUCAGGGUGAUUUUUAGUCGCACCUAGCUGACUGGUAUUCCAUUGAUUACUGUCGCGUACUUUGAUAUGACACAGACUUAAGACUCAAGGUGUACUUAGUCGUUUAGCUAAAAUACUGUUUUCUGAAAGGUAUUAUUCAUUCAAUGACUUGAAACAAAAUGAGUUAGAAUAUCAAUUCGACAAUUCCUUGUUUUAUCACUCCAAUCAUGAAUUUAAGUAUUCAUGAAUUUCACAACAUCUGCAUUACAAAAUGUUUAGUCACUUUAACCACUACCCUUUUUGCUUGGAAAUGAUUUCGAUGGAAUAUUCCCCAUAACAUUUUAAUACUGAUUAUUAUCAUCUGACACACCAGAUGUCGUGAAAAAGAUGAAGAGAUUGAAGAACUGCAUAAAAAAGUGAUCGCACUUCAGGUGAAAAUUAAAGAUUUUGUUCAACAAAAUUCUGAAGCUGAAGAACAAGUGAGAAACAUCAAGGAAAAAUAUGCGACAGAGUUGAACGAGAAGGAGAAGAUCACUCAUGCCUUGUCUGCCUCGGAAACAAAAUGUCGUUCCCUGGAGGAGGAUGUACAGAGGCUGGAAAGCAGUAGCGCGGACUGGGAGAAAAAGGUUUUGGAAAUGAAGAACAAGGUGGAGAGUUUGGAAAAUGAGAAAGAGGAAGAAAGUGAUAAAUUGACGGAGUUGACAGCAGAAAUCAAGAAGAAUGAAGAGGAAAUAGGGACACUGCGAAAACAGGUAACACAAAAUGAAAACAGUUAAAAAUUUUAGGGCAUGGCUAAGAGAUUUCUUGAAAUGUUUUUGUUAUUGCAAGAGACCACUGGCCUGUUUUCAUCUUAUGUGACCAAACCAAAGAUGUUGAAUGGCGUCGAAUAAAAGUUUUAUCUUUUGCAAACCAGCCUUAGUUUUUCUUGCUGAAAACAUUUCGUAUUCUUGAAGUGCAAUUGUCCAUCAUUGUUAAAAUUUUUUCAUUUCUGAUUGCAAUAAUACGAAAAAAGACCUUCCAAAUUAAAUCACUUUGUUUAGGCAUUCUUUCCAGUUAAACUUGGAUUGCUCUUCUUCCCCCUUGUAUUGCUUUAUACAUUUUCGGAUUUCCACCCUAGGUUCUAGACCUUGAAGAACAAAAUAGCAUGACAGCGAAACAAAACGAAGAACUGUUGGCCGCUAAUGACAUACCUGAUGGGGCAAGCACCCCCCUGGACAACUCCUUGGAUGGCAGCAGAGCCACUUUAAGUCGCACAGGUCGCGCAAGCGCUAUGGAGCGACUAGACACCCUUGAAGAGGAAAACAUCCAACUUCUGAACAGACAGGCCGAGCUGGAGGACGAACUUGACGCGUCCGAGGAACACGCAGGGGAGCUGAAGAGCGCGCUCAAGGCAAAACGCGAGAACGUAAACGAACUACACGCGGAAUUAGAUCUGCUCAAGGAACGAAUGAAGAGUUUAGAAAAAAGCAAAGCAGAACUGGCAGACGAGAACGAGCAACUACAGCAGACGGGUCUCUUGUCCAAACAGAAGAUUGGAGAUCUUAAGGUGACCAGUGAACGGUAUAUCGAAGAAUCGGAUGAAUUGGAGAAAGCGCUGACGACAGCAGAACAGAGAGUGGAGGAGCUGGAGAAACGACUUGAUGAGGUAAGGGCUGAUACUUCGUGUUAUGUUUCAUUUUAGAAUCUGUGAACCAGUGAGCUCCGUAUAUCUGUAGCGAGAACUCGAACUUUGUGCCGAAAUUUCGUAUUUUGACUUCCAUUUAAAGAAUAAUACUAUGGUUUUAUAAACUGCACUUAGUUGGGAAUAUCGUAUUAAAACGGUUUACGAUCUUUAUAUCUAUUGGACGUCAAUUUCUUCCAUUAUUUUUAUUAUUAUAUAAAACCAUAUUUUCCACGGCGUCCAAUUCACAUAUCGUGCUCUUCCCUGGAGUCAUGAAAAAUUAACAUUAAAUAUAUACAACAUGAGACUAUUACUAGAUUGUAGACUAUUACAAAUAUAUAUGAGAUAUAAGAUAAAAACUUUUAGACAAAUAUGUAUAAGUGUUUUAAAUUGGUUAACUGAUUUAACAUUAGUUGCAUGCUCAGGUAAGUUAUUCCACAGCAGGAUAGCAUCUCUGUAUGGGAAAGUUUUUGCUCCAGUUGCGUUGUUUUUGAAGUACCGGAAUAAAAUUUGGGUUCUUUACAAUUGUGUUAAGGUAUCCGGUAAAUGUGCGAGCAGCGAAGGUCAACUACAAAGUAUGGGUGAAAGAUUGGCAAGAAAGGAAAAAGAACUGGAAGUUGUCGAAAAUCAAGUGGAAGAACAACGCAAGCUUUGCGAUGGCUACAAAGCCUCAGCCGAGAAGCAAGAAACUUUAAUCGAGAAACUUCGAGCAGAGAAAACGAGCGCUGAAGAAACUCUGCUGGCUAUGAAAUUGGAAAUUGCGAAGAAGGAAGUUGCUUAUAAAGCUGGGAAAGAGAAAGUCGCUGAAAUGCAGACACGACUUUACCAAACAGAAGAUAAGUUUUCAAGCAAGACUAACGAAUUGAAGAAGGUACGUAUUCUUAUUUUACCACUGAUCAAUUUUUCAAAAUCAACUUCUUCUUAAAUUUCGUUGUGGAUAUAAAAGGUUAAUUGAUAGUGUAAACAAGUCUUUAUAAUAUACCAUUACGACUAAAAUUCUCAUAAUUCUGUUCUCAUAGAUAAAUCGCGAGAAUGAAAGACUAAAACGUGAGAUCAAAGAUUUAGAAUCGAAAGUUACCGAACUUCAAACGAUGUUGAAGAAAAGCAAGUCUCUGGAACUGGAAAAAACCAGCCCUGUAACAGGUGUAUACAACACGGCAUUUCAGAAGAUAACCACUUCUGUCAAAGGCAACUCGCAAAAUAUGGAGGGACUCGACACGAAACUAAACCAAGCCCAAAACAAGAUCUCCACGCUGGAAGUCGAACUGGCCAACGAUCUUCGGAAGUUUUCGCUUCACCGAACUUCAUCCGACGCUCCACGAAGAUCUUUCUCGCCAAGCGACAGCCGACUGAGUCCUGGUUCCUACAACUUGCGUCGCCCGCGAUCAUACUCUAACUUUUCAGCGGAUGAACGCGAAAGCCCAAUGUCAAUCCCAAGAUCUGAUUCUUCGCCAAGUAUUAAUGGGGAUCUUAACUCCGGGAAGAAAUCCCGUAGCACACCAGAAAUUUCAAUAUCCCAACUGGAUGUUGAUGUGACCGAUUAUACACCGAAGACAUCCGAAGGUGAUCUUUCCCUGAUCCUGGGUGAUGGGAAAGAAUUUGAAGCAAGCGGUGAAAUAUCGAAUACUCCAGCCGAAAACCAAUUCAGCGAAGUCGAUCCGUUCUUGUCUACUAAAACAACAGCCUCUUCAACAGAAAACCUUUCUUCCUCCGAGCAAACUGUCGGAUAUUUCAAAAGCGAGACUGACCAAGAGUUUGCAAACGAAGCGAUGUCAUUUUUUGUCGAGGAAAUUUCGUUGGAAGGCGCUCAAGUCCAGGAAAUCGUUAGUGUCCAGGAAAUUGUGACGUCAUCGUCAGCUGCGGUUACGGAAAAUAAUGCGUCAUUAUCUAGUCCCAGCAUGCAACCAGGGUUGAACGGCGAAGAGGAAUUAAUUUACUUUUAGAAUUCGAACGUGUAGUUAAAUCCAGGACUCGAAAUCGAUAUUAGUAGCUAAUGUAGGCAAAGUGAUAAUUUACUAUUUUGAAAGCGUAGGAACAUUUUACGGGAGUAUUAGUAUUUUGUAUUUGUUAUUAUCUAAUAUACUAACAUUAAUAUAUUUAGUUCUUUGUAGGUUUGCAUGGCGAUAAAACUUAUAAUACUUUUUGUUUGUGGAAACACCAAGUAAAUUUAUUACUCAAAAAGUAUUAUAAUAAUAUAUUUACCAUGCAUUUCAUAUUAGAAAUACAUCCAAUUGAGCGUGCUAGCAACUUUUAUAUGUUAAUUUCUACUUUUAUUUCAUUUCAUAAUUUAUAUGUAUAAUUUAUAAUCUUCUAUGAUAAGG